AUGGCUGCAAAGAAUUUCUAUAACGAGUAUGCCCGACGUUUGGGUUUCAACCCCAAAGCUAGCCCUCAGAGUCGUUCGAAACCUGAUGGGGCAAAUGCGUAUCGGGAAUUUGUUUGUGGUGGCGAUGGUUUAAAAAGAAAGCCUAAUGAAACUUGUAAUGCAAUGAUUAGGAUAGAGCGAAAGGGUCAACAUAAGUGGUUUGUUACAAAAUUUGUGAAGGAGCAUAGUCAUUCCACGUCAAGUUCCGGUGAAGUGCACAGUCUUCAGCCACGUAGGCACUUUUCUAGCGUUGGAAGAACAAUGCCUGAAACUUACCAAGGAGUGGGGCUUGUUCCCAGCGGUGUCAUGUAUAUAUCUAUGGAUAGGGCUCCUGGGAAUCGCAAUUCCACUGAGAACAUUCAUGGUAGUAGGAAUUUUCCUGCAGUUGGUGCUAAGACUAAUCACCAAGUUUCUGCAGUUGUUACCAAGACUAAUCACCAAGUUCCUGCAGUUGCUGCUAAGUCUAAUCACCAAGUUCCUGCAGUUGUUGCGAAGACUAAUCACCAAAUAAAAAAUUCUUCAUCAAUGAAUUAUACUGUUAAACAGCCUGUUCAGAAGAAGACACUUGGGAGGGAUUGUCAGAACCUGCUGGAGUAUUUUAAGAGAAUGCAGGCGGAAAACCCUGGUUUCUUCUAUGCUAUACAACUUGAUGAAGAUAACCAUAUGUCUAAUGUGUUUUGGGCAGAUGCAAGAUCAAGGAGUGCUUACAAUCAUUUUGGUGAUGCAAUUAAUCUGGACACAACAUUCAAAGUGUAUCAAUACAAAGUACCAUUUGUACCAUUCACCGGGGUAAACCAUCAUGGCCAGACAAUUUUAUUUGGUUCUGCACUCCUUUUGGAUGAUUCUGAAGAUUCUUUUGUGUGGCUUCUCAAGACAUUUCUGACAGCAAUGAAUGACCGCCACCCCAUUUCUAUCACUACUGGUCAAGAUAGAGCCAUUCAGAGUGCAGUUUCACAAGUUUUCCCCCAUGCACGGCACUGUCUAAACAAGUGGGAUGUCUUGAGAGAAGGUCAGGAAAGGUUGGCUCAUGUAUGUCACAUGCAUCCAAAUUUUCAGGGUGAACUUUAUAAUUGUAUUAACCUGACUGAAACGAUUGAAGAGUUUGAUUCAUCUUGGAAUUCUAUUAUGGAAAAGUAUGAACUUGGAAGAAAUGAAUGGCUUCAGUCAUUGUACAAUGCUCGUGCUCAGUGGGUCCCAGCAUAUUUCCGUGAUUCAUUUUUUGCUGCAAUAUCUCCUAAUCAUGGAUUUGAUAGCUCUUUUUUCGAUGGUUUUAUUAACCCGCAAACAACAUUACCAAUUUUCUUUAGGCAGUAUGAACAAGCUAUGGAGAUGUGGUUUGAAAGGGAAAUAGAAUUAGAUUCUGAGACAAUUUGCAGCCAACCUGUUUUGAAGACACCUUCACCAAUGGAGAAACAGACUGCUAAUCUUUAUACACGAAAAGUAUUUUCAAAGUUUCAAGAGGAACUAGUUGAAACUUUUGUUUAUACUGCAAACAGAAUUGAAGAAGAAGGGGCAAAUAGCAUAUUCAGGGUUGCUAAAUUUGAGGAUGACCAAAAGGCAUAUAUUGUCACAUUAAACCAUUCCGAGUUGAAGGCUGAGUGUAGUUGUCAAAUGUUUGAGUAUUCAGGCAUUCUGUGUAGGCAUGUCCUAACUGUUUUCACUGUUACUAAUGUACUUACUUUACCAUCCCAUUACAUCUUGAAACGGUGGACAAGGAAUGCAAAAAGUUAUGUUGGAUUGGAUGAACAUGCCAGUGAAUCACAUGGACUGGAUUCUAUGACAUCUCGUUAUGGCACUCUGUGUCGAGAAGCCAUAAAAUAUGCGGAGGAUGGGGCAAUAUCUGUGGAAACUUAUAGUGCUGCAAUGGGUGCUCUUAGAGAUGUAGGAAAGAAAGUUGCUGCCGCAAAGCGAAAUUUUGCAAAAGUUGCACCGGCUAGUAGUAGGAGUAUCAGCAAUGCUCAUGAUGACAAGAAAAACCAGACUUCAAGAUCAGAUACACCCCCUCUUUUGUGGCCACGGCAUGAUGAAACAACAAGGAGGUUUAAUCUUAAUGAUGCUGGUGCACCUGUUCAACAGUCAUUUGGUGAUCUAAACUUCCCUAGAAUGGCUCCAGUAUCUGUCCAGCGAGAUGAUGGUCAAGAUGAAAACAUGGUUGUUCUUCCCUGUAUGAAAUCAAUGACAUGGGUAAUGGAAAAUAGAAGCUCAACUCCGGGGAAUAAAGUAGCUGUUAUCAAUCUGAAGUUACAAGAUUAUACCAAGGUUCCAUCAGCAGAAACGGAGGUUAAGUUUCAGCUCUCUAGAGUUUCUUUGGAACCAAUGUUGAAGUCUAUGGCCGGCAUCAGUGAACAACUUUCUACACCAGCUAAUAAGGUUGCUGUAAUAAAUCUGAAGCUUCAAGACUCCGACACAAUUUCUGGCGAGUCUGAAGUCAAGUUUCAGGUUUCCAGGGACACAUUGGGUGCUAUGCAACGAUCAAUGUCCUAUAUCCGUGAGCAACUUUCUUCUGAUGGCUAUGUGCAGUCAGAUCCUAUCUCUGUAACAAAAAGGCAGAAGAAGUGAAGCAUAGAUUUUUAUUUUUGUGCCCAGGUGGGGUGUGUUAAUCUUAUUUCUGGCAGAUUGGUGACAAUGGCAAUGGAUACCCCAAUGGCUUAGAAAAUCUAGUGUUUCUUUUGUUUUAGUUAGUCUCUUUUUCUAUGUAAGUUUGUCUAACAUAUUUGUAUAUGUAUCAUAUCGUAGGCAGCACGUUGUUUAUAUAGGAAGCCUUUUGUCAUGCCAUUCUGCAUAAGUAAUGCUUUAGUGUCAUUUUAGGAACUAUAUCCCAGGCUGGUCACAAAAUCACUUUGAGUCAUCAAUAUUCACAAAGUAAUAUAAUGACUAGGAGUUAUUCUUAGAUUA